GCAACUCCUAAAACCGCCUCAUGGCCCGCCACUCUGCCUCAUAGCUUGCAGGACUUUGGGAUCGUAAAACGCAGAUUGACCUUCUACUUUUCUUAACAUAGAUAUACCAUAAUCGAGAUUUCCUCUCAUAUCACCACCACAUUCACGCCAUUCCAGGUUUGGGCCUCACGCUGAAACGAAGCUCAGCCCGCAAGCCUCCCCAAGGACAAGUCACUCUACCCUAAUACCUGAAUCUCAGAUUGCGAACGAGGAAAAAGAGUCUUUGUAUCUUCGAACCCUUCCCCUGGACUUGCCGACCAAAAUGGACAUGAGCAAUGUACCCACACGAGUUUUCAUCAUAAUCCAAGAGUCUAGCCGCUAUUGGUCAAAGACUGAUGCAGAAGUAAUCGGAGCGGCGCUUUCGCUCAUUUCCCAGCAGGUUUUGGAUUCAAAAGAUCGCACUUUCACGGCGAACGACUACAGAUUCAUGGCGAAAGAGAUGUGGGGAGCUGUUACGUUCUUUAUAUUCGAUCUAUUCAAUGAUAAUUACAAUUUGAACACCGCACAUAAGAGAGGCGAGAAUGACCUCCCGGUGAUCACGGUCAGACUAUCCAAGAAAAAGGAGACGGCACGGUAUGAGGGCCGACCUUUACAGAUACACGUCAACCAACAACUUCGAAAAAUCCACGACAAUGUGGGAUAUGGGUGCGAGCCACCUUUCUUCGUUGAUCAUACUAAUGGGAAAGUGCCGACGUAUACCAACCCGCGCACCGCUGUCCGCUGUCCACCUUACGCUCUUGCUCCCUCUUCCUCCGCGUCGGUUGAAUUGUAAAAGGAUCUCAUGUGUCCGGAGGCGUUGCAAGGCUACACGGCCCACACUUUGUCCUGAUAACAUUUACGGUUGAACCAUUGGUGUAGGCCGCAUGUUGAAGGUCAGUACAAGGAACCCUGCAUUGGCGGCCGAUCUCUCCGUUGCAAUCGCUGCAGAUUUCUAUCUCCCAGUGGCACAUUUCUGGGAGUCAAUUAGUAGAGCCUUUCUUCAGACAUGGGUUGAUACCUUUGGAAGGGUCCUUGAUGGACGUGUAACUAAUAGCCAGUCUUAGGCGUAAUGUUUGUCAGUUCUAGAAGAAGUCAGAAUUUUGCCCACCCCGCACCUCUCCACUGCCCUAUCAUGUGACUUAACCCUGGGUUUCAUUCCUACACACCCACACUACACGAAGCAACGUUCUGAUUUCCCGUUUGUUGCGAAGUUCGUUUUCUAUUUGCGAUAUAGAAUAUCGCUUGCACAGCAGGCGUUUCUCAUUCAGCACGUGAUCGUGCGUAUAACUUAGAGAGUUUUGUGGCAUGCUUAGCUAAGCGUCCCUGCAUAUGUCAAUGUCUGUGCGGAAGAUCACGGGAACGAUGAAUGGUGCAUAAGUGAGAUCGUAAACCUGCUUAGUUCAUUGUAUGCUGUCUUGA